CAGCCACAGGCAUGCCGAGCAGGCCUCGCUGAGGGAAAAAGAAAACUCAUUUGUUUUCCAUUAGAGGUGGAAAAUAGAAGCUAUGCAUAGCCAUGUAUCGUGCUGAGUAAAGUCACUGUGCACGCGUCUGUAUCCUCCUCUCUUUGCAUUGCUUUAUAGGGCGUUUGUUUGGCACGAUACGCGCAAAGCAGUUCUAUUUCCGAGGACCUAGAUGCUGUGGGUUUUAGUUUCUCCCCUGUUUGAUGUCCUAUCACGUGUGUCUGGAUGAUCUGACAUUGUUGUUUUUUGCUUAGAUCUUUGCUCAGCCCCCAUGAAAAGCCUAACUGCCCACCAGGCUUCAGAAUACUCCUGAAACAUCCCGAGAAUCAGAAACCCGUGGAUUGCUUUGCUUUCGCAAGGCCCCCCGCCACCCCCAGUUCCCGUGUUGCGUGCCCGCCCGCCCGACGUGUGAAGGCGCGCCCCCGAGGUGGCUCAGUCCAGGUGAAUGGGGAGUGAGUGAGAGAGGGUUACGGAUCUGUGUGCAUUACUGCACAGGGAGACAUGGAGAAAACUUUACCGAGCACGGCAAACUGGGCACCGAUCUUCAUGACAGCCGCCCUUCUCUGGGCUUCGGGGGCACACGCACACAAAGUCUAUUACUCCUGUGGAGCUGUAGUGGACGUGGUGGACUCAGAUGAACAGGGCCUCGUCUUAUCCCCGGGUUUUCCCAACAGCUACUACCCGGGAUUGCACUGCGUGUGGCAGUUCUUUGUGCCAGCUGGGUACAGACUGGUAAUGGAUGUAUUUGACUUCGAUGUGUUUGAGACCUCAAGUGAAGACGGCUCUUCACCUGGUUUCAGAGAGAGCCUGGCAGACCCCACCGAUGAGAGCAGCACGCCCGACCCGGAUUAUGAGGCGGCACCAGAACGACUUUCCAACCAGACUGCAGGCUCCCCCUCAAAUAAUGCUGAAGGUAACUAUGGAGGGUAUCCAAGGACGACGUCCAAAAAGGACGACCCAAAGCAAGUGCUGGUCCAAGAGCAGUCCUCCAGAACGGAAGCGGCCAAGGUGUCCAACUGGGCCAGGCAGUCGUCUGAGUUUCUGCCGAGUGACGAGUCUCAGGCAAAGGAGAACAGCAGCCCCGGCGUAAGCGGGGACAACCGCAUCUCCACGCACUCUUACAGGGGAGAUGAUGACGACUACGAUCGCCCAGGCGAGAGCACCACCCCUUCUCUGAAGGAGAGCACAGACGACGUUGCCAGCAGCGCUACUCGGACCCAGCCUCCUCCAAUCGACGCGUGUCCCCACGACCUCCUCUACAUCUCAGACCUCAUGACCUUUUCCUCCCGCUUCUGUGGGGCCAACAAGCCCAGCGGCCAGAAGCUGGUGUUCGGCAACUCGGUGGAGCUGGUGGAGGUGAUCGUGGAGCUCAUCACCACCACGGGUCGGGGCCGGGGCUUUGCGCUGCUCUUCCAGUACCGCAACGAGACGGACACGGGCUCCGACCGCUCCCUGGAGCCCGGGAACUGCCGGGCCGACGCGCUCCUCGCUGUCGUGAGCGCAGCCGCCUUCUUCACAGUCGUCCUUGCGGCUGCCCUCUGCGUCCUCUUCAGACAGAAAAUAUGUGGAAAAGGAGCCAACUCCUACUCUCCCAACAACCAAGAGUCGCAGCGUGGCAUCCAGAACUCUGCCGUGGGCAUCAGCGAGCUUCAGCUGGUGGUCCCGAACCGCUCGAGCCUGGAGAUCUCCACUGACAACGAGAACAACAACCACACCCAGAGCCCCGCCCGCACAGGGACCUCUUUGAGUGAUGUGUGCCAGCGUGACGAGCAGGAGGUUUCCUCCAGCGGACUCACCGAGUCGGAGUCAGGGACCGACGAGGUGUUCGUUAUCUCUGCAGGACCCGGGCCCAGUGGACUGAGCUUCUCUACCUACAAGCAAUACAAGAACCUGAAUAGUGGUGAGACAAGCCCAGGCACAGUGUGUGACUGGCUGACUCCAGACACUGCCAGCACCCCUCCAUUCCCAGAUCCGAGGGCUGAGAGGGACAGUGGAGCCCUGAGACCCAGGGCCUGGAGCGUCCGCACCUUCCACGACUUCCUGCCGCCUCAGCUGCAGAGGAAGUGGUGCAGCUGGAACUCCACCAGCCCCUUCACAAAACUGGUGGACAACGGUUCCGCCAGGUCAGGGUCAGACUGUGGCGGGGGAAGAGAGCGGAUAGUGCUGUCGGAGGCUCGCUUGGAAGCCGAGACAAAGAAGAAUCACUCUGACUCUUCGAUGAGCAACGCCUCGUACCCCUUGAGCCAGCACUCCCAGAGACAGCGCCGGCUCAACUCAACAAGCAACCUGCAGAGAGCCAGGUUCGGGAGCCCUUGCUUCGGGUUCCGAACGAGCUUACCUGAGUCCACCAAGGGUCCCACCGGCCCCCCAGAACAGCCUUCGAUCGUCCCUGUAGAGGUCCCAAAUGGCUCUUCCAGCAGGACCCUCCAGGUGGAUGGUGUAGCAAAGACCAGGGUCCUCCUUGGCGAACCUGAUGGAGUCAUGGUGCCGGUCUUUGUCAUCUCGGAGGAGGACGACCGGCAGCCGUUGGUCCUUGCUGAGCAUCUCGGCCAGUGUGGGGAGUCUCAUCAGAAUGGUGAUGAGCAGGACUUGAACCCCAAAAGGAAAAAGGACCACAACAGUCCGGCAGCCCAAUGCCAUCUCAGUUCGGUCAAUGGGUCUCCUUUCAAGCCCAGCACAACAUCCGACUAGAGCCUUUGGGGGAACCCCGAGAGAAUGGAGUGUGUUGAUCAAUCCAGUGUUUUUGUUUCCUCAGGUAAUCAGAGCAGCCUCUCUCUAACAGAUACCAGUGCAACAGAGUCACCGUAUGUGUACAAUACCCCAACUCAGAAGUCAUGCUCAUUAGUUCUGCCAGCCACAGUAUACUGUGGGGUUAGUGAACAAGUGUGAUGCUUGGAAAGCCCCAGUGUUGAAAAUGCAGGACUGCAGAGGUAGAAAUAUUGGGCUUCUCCUCUUCUGCCAGUUCUUACUAAGUUGCAUCUCUUAGGCUGAAGUCCAGUCAAUUCUUUAUUUAACCAGAUGAGAAACCAGCUGACAUUACUGCUUUGGCUUUAUCUUUUGUCUUCUGAAACCAACGUUAAAAGGACCCGACUUUCCUCCAAAUACUGUGCCAGGUGUGUGUUGCCCUGGAACAGUAGCGAAGUAGAAAAACCCUACACUGUCUAUUGUCAGACCUGGAAAAAUCCAGACCCUAACAGAUUCUGAGAAUGCACCCUGGAAAUACCUUGCCUGUGGCAUAGCUUCCUAUCUGAAGAUAACAUAAGAGAAGAUGUCAGUUUGAUCUACUCGUAGCAUUAGUGUCAAUGCAAUGGGACUCUGUUAGUCUUUACUCGGGGUCCACAAUGCUAAGCGAGGCUUAUUGAAAUCUGGGAUGAGUUCUGGUUGCUGCAGGACUCUUAGACGGGUGUUUGUUUGAGAGUGAUGUAGAAGGAGCAGAUCUUCCACGCACGACAACUUCACAGCAUUUUCAGCUCUCUUAAUGUGGCCCACGAUUUCAAUCCACAAGUCUUCACUCUACUAAAACACCACACCAGAGAGGCGACCAAUUGACAUGAUGUAUCCUCCUUCCUGCUCUAGAAACUGGAGACAUGCAAUUACAAAAGCAGAUGCUUCGAUUUGAAAAACUUUUUCACAUGCGAUUUCUUGGUUGUGCUGAGUUGGAUCCUAUUAUGUGGGUUAUCACUUAGCAAGGUGCAGCAGGUGUUUAAACAUUUCCUUUACCUGCUACUGUGUAUUGUUUCACUCGACCCACAGGCUCACAUAGAGAGGCACCACUUUCUUGGGUUAUUGCAAUCUGUCUAACCCUGGUUUACAAGGCACCACGUUUGUAGAUGAUGUCUAGUACAUAAAUAAAAGCAUCUUAUUGUCUUUGUAGCCAAAUGAAUGAGACUACCUUGAGAAUUUUAUAGCACUGUUAUGUUUGCAAAAAAAACAAAAAACAAAAAGGGAAUAUAGAGUAGUGUUGAUAAAAUACUUUUUUUUUUUUUUUUAAACAAUAUAUUAUCUGUCUGUGGAAUCUGGUUGAAUUGGUAGAAAUACUGUAGAACAGACUGCCAAUACCGCAUACAGAUUGUCAAGCAGUUUAUAUAUAGAGAUAGAUAAUAGUCAGAUUCUGUUUGUCAUGC